CCCUGCUUAUCGGCGCGAGGGAGAAAUCGAAGGCGCUCCCGCCCGCGCUCGCGCACGCAUGCUCGCCUUCGGCCCACGUAUAGAAAAGACGCGUUAUUUCGUGUGUGCGUGCGUGUGCGCGUCGCGUGUACGCACUACGCACGUCGCGCCUGCGGAUUCGGUAGCCUCUCGAUCGCACGGACGAGACGACGGACGACAUCGGUGGAGUGGCAAACAUCACAUGUGUAUCGCGCCACUCGUAGCGCCCAAGUAGUGGUGUAGCCCGGUAGCGUGGUAGUAGUGAUCCGAUGUCCGUGCAUCGGUGGUGCGCGCGCGGUGGUUGAGAUAAGCAGUGCGGGGGACUGAGUGCAUGUAGGACCGCGAGACUUGGCUCGUUCGACUGUCGCGUCCGUCAACGCACAGUUCGCCGUAAGAGACACGCGUUGCGCGUCGAUCGAAAGCGGCUCUUGCUCCCGAUGUGACGGAAGCCCGCGCGCGAUGCUCAAGAAUUACUCGCCGAUCCUCCAGGCGUUCCUCGGGACCCUGUUCACGUGGGCUCUAACCGCGGCCGGCGCCGCGCUCGUCGUCGUCAUCCGAGGCAAACAGCGUAAGCUGCUCGAUGUCAGCCUGGGGUUCGCUGCCGGCGUGAUGGUGGCUGCAAGUUAUUGGUCAUUGCUAGCACCAGCGAUCGAAAUGGCAACCGAGAGCAAGACGUACGGAGCUGAGGGCGAGUACGCGUUCGUGCCGGUCGCAGUUGGAUUUCUCGUCGGCGCGGCAUUCGUAUACGGGACGGACGUGUUGAUAUCCACCCUCGGCAUUCAGUCCCCCAAUGUGCUUUUAGCUAUGCAAUCAGUUGGUACGAAACAAAGACGCAAGAUCAUUGCGAAACUAAAGAGUGACGAGGACUUAGACAAUGAUUAUGAUCCGUUUAACGACGUACAAAUUUCCAGUGGAAAGAUGUACACUCGCGUCGAAUCGACCACGAUCGAUGGCUUCUACGAACAGAAUAGUAGACGUCGACAAAUCGCGAAUAUAAACAGAUCAUCGGAAUCGGCAGAGAUCGGAACUACAAUUUAUGAGGAUCCUAAUAACGAAGCGAAGAACAAUCAGUGGCGGAGGAUAUUACUACUCGUUGUUGCUAUUACGGUACAUAAUAUUCCUGAGGGUCUCGCGGUUGGAGUAGGCUUCGGAGCAAUAGGCAGUAGCGUAUCAGCAUCUUUUGAAAAUGCAAGAAAUCUCGCGAUCGGAAUCGGAAUACAGAAUUUUCCGGAAGGAUUGGCGGUGUCUUUGCCUCUCCAGGCCGCCGGCAUUAGUACAUUGAAGAGCUUCUGGUAUGGUCAGCUUUCGGGGAUGGUGGAACCUAUCGCCGGUGUGCUUGGCGCAGCCGGAGUGACGUUCGCCGCACCUGCACUACCUUAUGCACUUUCCUUCGCUGCCGGUGCGAUGAUCUAUGUCGUGAUCGACGACAUCAUCCCGGAAGCGCAUCAAAGUGGAAACGGCAAACUCGCUAGCUGGGCAGCUAUCGUUGGUUUCCUGGUGAUGAUGUCUCUAGAUGUUGGCCUAGGUUAAAGGUCGUCCACAAAGUAGUCAUAGUGUAUCCACGCUUUUGUAAACAUGUAAAAAUUAUGUGGCAGCGGUAACGAGUAUUUACAAUCGCGAAGGCAUGUCUUCUUGAGAUUCGCGGUGUUCACUGGACAUUGUUCGUUUUAUCGAGAGAUUCGAAAGUUAAGUGCUAGAGCGAAUAUUUCUGACUCAUCUUUUUUUAAUUCAUCGAAACAUUCUCCUUCAUCCUUAAAGACUUAGGAGAAAAUCGAAUAGUAGUGAAAUAGAAAAUAUUUCCAAUCAGACUCAAGAUGAAUUUUCCAUGAUUCCUAACGUAUUCACAGCGAGAUAGAUUUUUAUGUUAGAAAUUAUUUAAUGUUGCUGAACAUCUUCUUUAUCGUAAUAAUUACUCCAUUAUCAUUACCACACAAAUACAUGUGUGAAAAAGACCAGAUCACUUUAUUAUGAUAUAUAUAUUUAUA